GGUUCUGACUCAAUAUAUGGCAGCUCCCUAUGUUCCUAUGAGCAAGCCCUGCCAUUUUGGAGAAGAUAGGGAGGUUACACUUGGGGGGAACCCUGAGGAGGAAAUACAGCCCCCAUCUUCUGCCUUCACCAGACAACAAGGUGCAAGAGGGCAGCAGAAUUAAUUUUUGCCAAGAACAAUACAUCUUAAGCUGCUUCUUUCAAGAAACUAGUUCAGCAGCUCAGCGACGAAAAGAAGUGGAACAAUGGAGGGUGUAGAGAGAUGGAGGCCAACCUUGAAAGGUUUUGCUUGCUUUGGGGGCAGUGCCGCUCCUGCCCUUCCCAGCUGAAGCCUCACCCCAUUGGUGAUAGAACCAGAGCCUGCCACGGACUUCUUCCAGAGCGCGAUCUUCACGCGAAGAAAGAAGACAGUGAUUCGGAGCCAGGUUCUUCCCAGCAGUGCACACCCCUGACCAUUUCCCACAAUGAAUGGCUGGCAUAUUGGCACUUUGGCCUGUGCCUUCAUUGGCCUCCUGCUGCUCAUCAUUGCCCUGGCCACAGACCACUGGGUGGACAUUACCCUGCCUAGCAAAACAUUCUCUUCUGGCCUGUGGAAAUAUUGGGAGAAUGGAAAGAGUCAUACAUACGGGACAAAUGAUGCAUCCUUGAAUGCUGUCCGAGCUUUCAUGCUGAUUGGGAUGUUCAUCGGUGCCUUCUCCUGUAUUGUGCUUUGUGCCAUGUUCUUCUGCUCUCAGAUUGGCUCCUUCUCCCUGGGCAAGCCUGCAAUGAUUACCAGCUUUGUGGCAGGUAUUUGUGACCUGAUUGCCAUGGCCAUAUAUUCAGGAGUUUCUCAGGCAGGCAACUAUUAUGGAUGGUCUUUUGCCUUGGGAUGGGUCUCCUGUAUACUGUUCCUUAUAGCCGGUGUGCUUGCAUACAAGCUACCAAGGGAAACAGCUUCAUGAGCUUAGAAAAAGGCUGUGCCUCCCUUUUUGGAUGACAUCUGGGGCUGUAUUGGAAAUGUGGGGCACAAACAGAAACUGCAGCUCAGUUGGACUCAGACCAAACAUCUGUAUCAGAAAGGCAGCUUGAUUGUGAGGAUUCCAACCUGAGAAUGGGCCUCGGUUUGGAAUCAGGAGACCUGGUUCUGAUCCCAGCAUUGCAGCAAUGGGACUGGUGGCUGAUCCUCUCUCCUCUCCAUCUUUUGCUUUCUUUGCCCGAUUUGAUCUCAAAAGCACAGUGGCUCUUUGAGAGAGGCAUUUUUUUCAUGAGUUCAUUUCUGGCACCUGAAUUACAACGGAAUGAGCUAUUUAAUCAACAGUGCAUUCGAAAUUUGUCUCCUGUCUUGCACACAAAAUGACCAGCCUCUUUGGGAAUUGCUGCCCUCCACUUGACAAGGGUCCGACAUGACUCUGGAAUCAGGAAACAUUAAGAAGACGACAAGCUGGACCUGCAACCAAAUUUUGCUUUUUUGUUGGUAACAAAUACUGCUCUUGUUGCUCAAUCGUGUGUACCAAUUGAGUUUUCAGUAUUAAAAAGCCAUG